AUGUCAGCCGAAGCAGAUGUCAAGCUCGAGGACUUCUCGUCCAUCUUCUCUUUGAACGGAAAGGUGGCUGUCGUCACCGGUGGAUCUCGAGGUCUCGGUCUCCACGCUGCAUCAGGUCUCCUCCAAGCCGGAUGUUCCAAAGUCUUCAUCUCGUCCCGCAAGGCCAAGGCAUGCGAGGAAGCAAUCGAUGCUCUCAACAAGCUGCCUGGCAUCAAGGGCAAGGCCAUCUCCAUUCCCGCCGACAUUUCAAAAGUCUCCGAGGUUGAGCGUCUGGCAGCAGAAGUUGGAAAACAAACCGACCACGUCGACAUCUUGUUUGCCAAUGCUGGCGCAACAUGGGGUGCUCCAUUUGACAAGCACCCGGCCGAGGCCUUUGCCAAGGUCAUGGAUCUCAACGUGAACAGCGUCUUUUACUGCAUCCAAAAAUUCGCCCCACUGCUUGAGAAGAAGGCUUCCUUGCAAGACCCAUCUCGUGUGCUUGUUACAGCAUCUGUUGCAGGCAUAGGGAUCGGCUCAUUGGGAGAGAAUGCAACCCCAGGAUACAGUGCCUCCAAGGCCGCAGCACUUCAUCUUACUCGUAAUUUGGCCGUUGAGUUGGGCCCUCGAGGCAUCCUUUGCAACAGCAUUGCGCCUGGCUUCUUCCCAACAAAAAUGGCCAAUGGUUUGAUGGCCCUGACUGGUGGUACACAGGCUCUGGCUGAUGCAAACCCCAACAAGAGGCUGGGCAAGCCUGAAGACAUUGCUGGUACUGUUGUAUAUCUCUGUUCAAGGGCAUCCAGUCAUCUGAACGGCGCCCACAUCGUCAUCGAUGGUGGUAGCAUACUGGGCCGCUCCAAGCUGUGA